AAUGAUAAAAGUGUUACUAAUUUAUUUAUUAGAUUGCGAUAACUAUUCAAAUCGUAAAAAGUCAAGAAAACUACAACGUGAUAACCGAGUAACCUCUUUGGAUUAUUCUGAAUUAUCUGAUUUAUCACCAGACGCUCAUCAAUCACCAUUCGAUUAUACAGCAACAACACACCAACAAGAUAUUUGCCGCCAAUUGCCGAGAAUGGGCCACGUCUACCAAUCAAAGUUGGAGACAAUUUACUCAUGGAGUACAACAGAAAGUAUAGACAGCGUAGAGCACGAAUCGCUUAAGGCGGGAACCCGUUAUAGAAAAUUGGGCUCUUCCAAUACAGCUGAACCAAAACAAUCAAUAAUGAAAUCGCUACAAAACUAUUUUACUGGUUUCUUUGCCAAACCAAUAAGCCAAGAUACGAUUAAUAGAAAGGAUUCCAUCUCAAAUAUUGACCCUCCAGAAAAUCCCUUUCAGAGAACUAUACCUGUUCCCUCCCGUCCAGAGAAUAACUUUAGAAGAGAAUCUCUUCACACUCCCGCCGUAACUAUAACAGAGCCUGUUAACCCUUCUCCCCAAGAAGUUUUUCGCAGGAAUCGGUCCGUUUCUAGUCCAAGAAUUAUUUUUCCAGGUGCUACAUCCGCCAAUCCAGGAGAGCUUCAGAGGAGAGAAAUAUCUACUGAAAGCGUAGAAAAUGCACAUAAAAAGGACGCAGUGAGUCAGUUGCGAUCGAAAAAGGAGCCUAACUUAGAUAGCUUCCAACUACAGAAAGCGCAAUCGAACGUUCAAGCGAAGAAAAAUCAAACUCCCGAAAGAGAAUCACAAAAGAAAAGAGAUGUUUUUAGUCGAGAAGAGAGGCUAGCAAUGCGCGAAUAUUAUGAAAAUGAAAUGAAAAAAGAAACGAGACAUAGACGUCAAAAUUUCAGGAGUGGAAGGUCGUUUAGCGUAGAAAUACCACCGCCAGAAGUUCACAUUAUCGAAUUAGAUCCUAACGAUCGUCACGCAAGCAAUAGGCGUCGAGCAUUUUCAUCCAGAAAAUCAGUCAGCCUCGAAGACCCGCCAAAUCGUAAAAUAAGUCGAAUGCCGAUAUUAGAUAUAUCACCGACCGAGGCUAAGAGAGUGCCUUCACACGGUCACAGAGAACGUAGACAGCGUUUCCGAUCUCAACGAAGUAGGAGUGUCGAUGGUCAAUUAUCACCCAACACAUCACCUAGUAGACCAACUACUCUUGAAUUAAAACCAGGUCAAAAACAAACAAGAUCAAGAAAUCGCCAAAAUAAUAGAAAAUGGGAUAGGAAUAAAAAACUGCUUGAAUUGCAUGGAAGACGAAGCCAGUCUUUGGAUUUACCUGAUCCUGAUCACUUUAAAGAAGGUUAA